AUGUCGUCAAUAACGACAUCGGCAUACACCUCCCGCGAGGCCGUCGACGAGUCGCACAAAACCCUCUUUGCGACUUUCGCCACGGGCCGCACAAAGUCGCUCGCCUGGCGCCGGUGGCAGCUCAAGCAGCUGUGGUUCCUCGUUGCCGACAACGAGGAGCGCAUCGUCGAGGCCAUGAAGACGGACCUCAACCGCCACCGCUUCGAGACCACGCUCGGCGACAUCGGGGUCGUCAAGGGCGACGUGCUCUCCCACCUCCAGCACAUGGACGAGUGGACCGCCGACGAGGCUCUCGACGCCGGCUUCCUCGCCCGCUACUUUACCGGAGGCAGGAUCCGCAAGGAUCCCCUCGGCGUGGCGCUCAUCAUUGGCGCCUGGAACUUCCCCUUCGCCUUGGUGCUGCAGCCCAUGAUUGCCGCCAUCACGGCAGGCUGCUGUGUCAUGCUCAAGCCGUCCGAGCUGCCGGCCGCUUCACAGAACCUGCUCGCCGAGCUCGUUCCCAAGUACAUGGACCCGCAGGCCGUCCGCAUCGUCACGGGCGGGGCCCAGGAGACGGCAUAUAUCCUCGAGAAGCGCUUCAACCACAUCUUCUUCACCGGCUCGACCACGGUGGCCAAGUUUGUGGCCGCCGCCGCCGCCAAGCACCUGACGCCGACGGUCCUCGAGCUGGGCGGCCAGGGCCCCGGCAUCGUGACCAAGAGCGCCGACAUUGAGCUGGCCGCCAAGCGCAUCACGUAUGCCAAGUUCCAGAAUGCCGGGCAGAUCUGCGUGAGCGUCAACCACGUGUUUGCCGAGCCCGAGAUUGCAGACCAGCUGGUGGAGCGCAUGAAGUACUGGAACGGGCAGUACCUGAGCAAGGGAAGCAACAUGAUGUGCCGCGUCAUCAACGACCGCAACUACGGUCGGCUGCAGGGGCUGCUGGACAAGACGUCGGGCAAGGUGGCGUACACGGGCGUGAGCGACCCCAAGAGCCUCUUCUUCCACCCGACCAUUGUCGACAACGUGACCAUGGACGACAGCCUGCUGUCCGAGGAGCUCUUUGGGCCCAUCUGCCCCGUGGUCCGGGCGUCGGUCGACGAGGCUGUGGCGGCCAUCAACCGGCUGCCCGAGCCGCUGGCGCUCUACAUCUUUGGGCGGGACCAGCAGGUCAUCGACUCGGUGCUGGACCGGACGCUGUCGGGCGGCGUGACCAUCAACAACGUGCUGUUCCACGCGGGGAUGCCGUCUGCGCCGUUUGGCGGCGUCGGCGACUCUGGCUCGGGCGCGUACCACGGCCGCCACGGGGUCGACGCUUUUGUGCACCGCCGCGCCGUGGCACACCCGCCCAGCUGGAUCGACCGACUCAUGGGGUUCACGUACUCGCCGUACGACGACAAGUACCUGAGCUGGAUCGCGACCAAGGGCGGCAAGGGCUGGAAGCGCGGGGCCACGCUCGAGGACGAGGAGCGGGCAGGCAGUGGAGGCUCUUGGGGGAAGCUGCUGUCGUCGAGCGUGCUGGCGGUCGCAGUGGGCGCGGUGGGCUAUGCGGCGCUGACGGCACAGGGCCAGAGCAGGGUGGCAGCGGCCUUUAACAGGUGA